AUGGCCCUGUCAUGCAAGAACAAACUCAAGUUUAUUGAUGGUUCUAUCACCAAGCCAUCAAGAGAUGACCAGAAGUGUGAUGUGUGGGAACGCUGCAAUGACUUGGUGAUCUCCUGGAUUGUUCGAUCCGUUUCACCAACAAUUGUGCAUAGUGUCUUUUGGAUUGACACUACAUAUGGAAUAUGGAGAGAUCUUAAGCGCAGAUUCAGCCAGCAAGAUCUGUUCAGAAUUGCAGAGAUCAAGUGGUGUGAAUGCACUACGAAGUGCAAAUGUGGGAAGAAAAUUGAUGAAUUGAAUGAGAAAACUGAAAAGGACAAGUUGUCCAUAUUUCUUAUUGGGCUACAUGAUAGGUAUACUGGUGGAAGAAAUCAAAUCAUGCUAAUGAGGCCUUUGCCGGAUGUGUGUGAUGCAUCUCUAUGA